GUCAGUGACGUCGCACGAAGCCUCUCUCACUCUCACUCCCUUCCUGCUGCAUCAUCAUCAUCAUCAUCAUCAUCACAACAGCCGCUAGUAGCACCCUGUCUAAUUGCGGUGACCGGGGGACUGGAUAGGCAUAACUAAUUAGCAUAAUACUAACUCUAAACAUAACACUAGUUAACAUCACCAUAACAGAGUAAUCUACGGAAACCAUUUACAUUGAGCUACCCCCUUGGAACCGCUGGGACAUGGCCAGGCAAGAUCAGGUCCUGCUCUUGGAGCCACAGCACGAACUGAAAUUCCGAGGUCCCUUCUCGGAUGUGGUCAACACAACCUUAAAGCUCUCCAACCCCACAGACAGGAAUGUGUGCUUCAAAGUCAAGACGACAGCCCCGCGCCGGUACUGCGUCCGGCCAAAUAGCGGUGUCAUCGACGCCGGCACCUCAAUCAACGUCUCAGUGAUGCUGCAGCCUUUCGACUACGAUCCCAACGAGAAAAGCAAACACAAGUUCAUGGUGCAGUCCAUGUUGGCUCCCCCCGAAAUGACGGACAUGGAGGGAGUGUGGAAGGAGGCAAAGCCAGAGGAGCUGAUGGACUCCAAGCUGAGGUGUGUCUUUGAGCUUCCAGCGGAGAACGAGAAAACGCACCAUGACUUGGACGCCAACAAGAUUAUGUCGUCCAACCUGCUCAAGUCGGAGUCAUCCACACUGUCCAUGAAGUCCAUGAGCUCCACCCUGGACGAUGGCGAGGUGAAGAAGAUCAUGGAGGAGUGUAAGAGGUUGCAGAUGGAGGCACAGCGGCUACGGGAAGAGAAUAAACAGAUCAGGGAAGACGAUGGCCUGCGGAUGAGGAAGAGCAGCAUGAUGUCCUCCCAGCACUCCUCCCAUUCCAUGGUGAAAGAGGAGGGGCUGAGCCUGCGCACGGUGGCCCUCAUCGUGCUCUUCUUCGUGGUCGGAGUCAUUAUCGGCAAGUUGGUCUUGUAAGAGCGAGUGUCAAGCGAGAGACGGCCAACUGCAUGCUUUCGGGGGAUUGAAACAAAUGACGGAUUUGGGAUUUUUGGUAUUCAGAAAUGCCAUAUCAAUGGGGAAGUUUUGAAAUCGUUCACUUAUGUACUAAUAAAAAAAGGAGAUACAAAAAAAAAAAUCCAUCAUGUUAUGAACAAACCAACGAGAGAGUUAAAAAA